UCCUUAGACCCGACCAAAUUUGACAAACCGGGUUUUGGGAGUGUGUUGUCGGGUCUCGGCCACCAUUCACUCAAAACAAGCAUCAACCACCGACGAUGUUCGUUGCUUCAGGAUUCUCUUAGUCUCUCAUUUUUCAUGAAAAACUUUAAUCACUUUUCUUAUAUAUUCACGAGCCCUUCUGUAAGCUGGUGCUCUCUGCCACACUGACCGGUUAAUGAUUCAUAGUGUUCUAAAAACAAGUAGAUUCUUCAAUCCACGUAGAGAAGCCCUUGGUUUGACCAGUGUAAUUGUUGAUUUUGUUUGUCAUUUAGCAUUUAGUUCAAUGAAACAAAUCAAUUGUAUAGGGGAUUCUAGUUUGUGUACUAUUGCCCCCAGUAAGGAACCCUCCAUUACAGAUUCCUUAUCAGUCACUGGGAACGGUACUACUUCAUCUAUGAGUGUACAAUCCACCCCUGAAAUAGAAAAGAAGUUCGUUCAUCAUGUAUAUGAUGCUAUUGCUCCGCAUUUCAGUGCCACUCGGUUUGCCAAAUGGCCGAAGGUUGCAUCAUUUUUGUCAUCUUUGCCUUUGGGGUCUCUUGUCCUUGAUGCAGGAUGUGGGAAUGGGAAAUACCUAGGUUUGAAUCAGGAUUGUUUCUUCAUAGGAUGUGAUAUAAGUCCUUCCUUGAUUAAAAUCUGCUCGGAUAGAGGGCAUGAAGUUUUGGUGGCAGAUGCUGUGAAUCUUCCUUACAGAACUGGUUUUGGUGAUGCAGCUAUAUCAAUAGCAGUGUUACAUCACUUAAGCACUGAAAGUAGAAGGAGAAAAGCAAUAGAAGAAUUGGUCAGAGUUGUUAAAAAGGGUGGCCAUGUUCUGAUUACAGUUUGGGCUGUAGAGCAAGAGGAUACAAAUCUAAUUACCAAAUGGACUCCACUGACUGAGAAGUAUGUUGAAGAGUGGGUAGGACCAGGGAGUCCUCGUGCUCGGACACCCUCACCCUUGCCAUUAGAAAGCAUUCCUGAGAGUGAGGAGAGUAGCACCGGUGAGAACAUAAAAGUUUGCAGUGAGUCAAAUGUAUGUAAAGAUUUGGAGGAAGAAAAACAUAUAAAGAACCAACAGGAAUACUUUGUUCCCUGGCAUUUACCUUAUCAUCGUGCUGAAAUCAGUGGUGCUUCUUCUCAUGCUCUUGCUGCUGGUCUGGCAACUAAAGAUGACAAAAAGGGUGCUGUGGUGUAUAAUCGAUAUUAUCAUGUUUUUAGUGAAGGAGAACUUGAAAGUUUGACAGCUGGAAUAAUCAAUGCUAGAAUCGUUGAUCAGUUUUUUGAUAAAUCCAACUGGUGUAUUAUUCUCGAGAAAACAGCAUAACCUAGAAAGAAACCUGUUUGAUAUGUCAAGGAUCCUUGCGUGAGUAUAGAAGGCCAGAGGGUUGUAUGACAACUUUUACAAAAUUUAUCUUGCAGGUUAACUUUGUCUGGUAUUCAGCUUAAUAUGAAUAAAAAACAUGGACAGCUGCAAAACUUUGAAAGCAUUAUUCUCUGGCCAUUAUCAUCCAGAUCAGUCUGCAUUCUUCAAGAAAGCCUGAGUCCUUAUUUUAAUUUUUCUUUCUUUUUAUUUGCAAAGCCCAUUUUUGGUUAUAACAAUAGGGCAUGAAGUACGCAUGUGUUCGUGUUAUAUCUGGCCACUUUGUCAGCCCAAACAUUGCUGAAUAUCUUUUAUACAGGAGCAUUUCUACAACGUCGUUUAUUGGAAAUUUA